UUAUGCAUUUGUGAAAAUCUUCUUUCAGGCACCAUAUUUGAUUUACGUAGAAGUGGUAGCUGUUGAAAACAUGCAAGUAGCUGUCGUACCUCCAAAAAUAAUCAAUACUCUGAGACAGACUCGUUCAGAAGAAAAUCUACCUGAUUAUUUUGUGCAGCAUGAACUUUCUAAUGUAUCUUUUAAUAUUUAUCCCAUUUUGGAUGAUGAUGCUGAAUGCUGGACUCAUGAUGAUGACGAUAUUUCAAUGCAGUAUGUAGCGUGUCAUAGAUCUCUUGACAGAGAUACUCUUUCUCAGCAUUCACAAGACAGUGGUACGAGUGCAGAUAGCAGAGAACCUGUGUUUGUUGCUGCUGGUGAAAUAAGACGGAGACUUUCUGAAAGUAUGAAUAUUCCAAAAACGACUUUUAAGAGAGAUCCAGAAGAUCCAUCAGCUGCCGCACUGAAAGAACCUUGGGAUGAAAAAGUGAGAAGAAUUCAAGAAUCAUCUCCCUACGGACAUCUUCCAAACUGGCAUUUGUUGGCAACCAUUGUCAAGUGUGGAGACGAUUUACGGCAGGAACUCAUGGCCUAUCAGUUAUUAGCAACCUUACAAGAUAUAUGGGAAAAAGAACACAUUCCACUUUGGGUUCGUCCUUACAGAAUUCUAGUGACUUCAGCUGACAGUGGCCUGAUUGAACCAAUAUUGAAUACCGUCUCUCUUCACCAAGUGAAAAAACACAGCAAGAUGUCACUUUUGGAAUACUUUUUGCAGGAAUUUGGUGCCUUUAAUAGUGAAGAAUUUCUUUCUGCCCAACGUAAUUUUGUCCAAAGCUGUGCUGCAUAUUGUCUUAUCUCUUAUUUAAUUCAAGUAAAAGAUAGACACAAUGGAAAUAUUCUGCUGGAUUCCGAGGGACAUAUCAUUCACAUUGAUUUUGGAUUUAUUCUUUCAUCAUCUCCUAAAAAUUUAGGUUUUGAGAACUCUCCAUUUAAACUCACUCAAGAAUUUGUUGAUGUCAUGGGAGGACUUGGCAGCGAUAUGUUUGAAUAUUUUAAAAUACUUAUGUUGCAAGGUUUGGUCUCUGCCCGUAAACAUAAUGAAAGGAUAUUGAGCUUAGUGGAGAUAAUGCAGUCCAGUUCUCAGUUACCAUGCUUUAAAAAUGCAGCUAGUGCAGUACGAGCGCUGAAGGACCGGUUUCACAUGGGAUUAACGGAAGAACAGUUGCAGUUAUUAGUCGACAGUAUGGUAGAAUCUAGCAUGCACUCACUCACCACCAAACUAUACGACGGAUUUCAAUAUCUGACUAAUGGAAUUCUCUGAACGCAGAAACAGCUUUUAUUGAACAUUAUAGUAAUUUUUCCGAGAAAAAGUACUUUCCAUUAUCAUAAACUUGGCGAAUGGUUAUCAUCCAGUGUCUUACAUGUAGAAAGAUUUUCAUUUCUUUGUGAUCUAACGUACCGAACACCUUCGACUUCCAAAUCUGCCAAUUAUACACAUUGUUACUGUAUAGUCGACAUUCAUAUCAUUUCUUUUGCCAUUUCACUGCAUCGAAAUUCUGCAGAAAGUGUUUCUAUUGAGCUGCUUUGUUACUUGGAGUAUAAUCAAAAAAUAUAUAUAUUUGAAUUCCAUCCACUGUUGCAAUUUUAUGCUCACUUGUUGGUGCAAAAGUUUGUACAUUGUCUAGUGCAUUCCAGCGGAAUAAUGUUUUAGUAUCUGUCUGGUACGUGUAGCGGGUGCUAUAUUAUGAAAGAUUCAAGUCUGAUUUUUAUAUUAAGUCUUCAAAAGUGAGACAGCCAUAAACAAUUUAUUAAAUUGUAUAUCCAGAUGCAAACUUUUAUUUAUACGUCAUAACAUCUAGGGACGAGGACUUAACAAAGCCGCAAAAAACUCCAAACGUUCAUGCAUUUGCCGGACGGUCACCAACUAGAAACAUUCAAACAGUGCAGAGCAUGAAACAUCAUGUACAAAAGAAAAUCACCGUCAUCUCACUGUAACCCAAUUUCUUAACUGAGCAGCCGAAAUUCAGAAGAAAUGGAUACGAUUGCCUUACCGUUUUGCCGACCGGGAAACUGUAUUUCUUUUAUAUUUGGAUUCAAUAUUAGUUACCACACCAGAAUUUGAUCAUGCGAAUAUGUCUAGGCUGUAACUACUUAACUUUUAGUUUAAAUUUAUUCGCACAUUGUAUGAGUUUGUUAAUAAUUUUUUCCAUAUAUUCCACUUUAAGAGUACUUUUACUUUGUUGCUGAUUGGUGAAUGUUUUCGAUAAUCGUUGUUUUUUUUAUAAUUAUUUCCUACAUUUAUGUAUACUACGUAACUCUGACUUGUAAGAAAAGCAGUGUUUUGGAGAUGGGAAAAUGACAUUAAUAAUGUAAAUACCUGUACUUUUUAAGAACAUUAAUAAAGCUUUGUCCUGCUUCCUUAAACGGAAUUUAUUAAAAAUAGUUUAAUGAUAAUUUGUAAUGUCUUUGUCAAAGAAUGCUUGAAAUUACUCCAAUUUGGAAUCUGAAUGAGCUUAUUUGAACUUUUAAAUUUUAUUUUAACUGUGCAGGAAAUAAGGAACAAGUCUAAUUGUGAUCAAGAAUUGCAGCUUUAGGAAGCGAGUAUCCUUCAUAUAUAUAUGUUGUUUGUUCUUGUCUAUAAUCAUCAUCAUCUGUAUGUCAUUUUCAUCAUUCUCAUCAAUGGCUCAAUGGCUUGCAGAUUUUCCACAUACAAAGAAAUCUGGAUUCAAAUCCACUUGGAUUGUGCUUUUUUUUUAAGAUUAAGGUCGUCGAUUGUUUCCCAUCUCUUCUGAACCUGUUAUUCAUUGUGCUCUUUGUGAAUUUCUAUUGGAAUUUAAGUUGUACUUUCUUGUGACUUUUUAUUCCAUUUUGUAACAAGACACAAGUGAAAAUUGCACUGGUUUUAUUUAACUCUUGUUUCAUAUUCAAAUAUUGUUAAAUUAGUUAUAAACAAAGGAACAAUCAACUAAGAUUGAUGUCUCGCUUAUUCUGGACAUUCAGCUAAAGCUGCGAGAUUGUUGCUUACAAAAUGUAAUUAUCAAGUUGUAGUUUCUGUAAAUUGCUUUGAUCUAUAAAGAAUAUUGGGAACAACAAA